UAUCCGAAAUUCAAGUUUUAUAAGACGUUUGUUUAAUUUAUUCAUAAUUCGUUCCGUAUUACUGCCAAUUACUGCGACAUUUUCUUAAAAACAAGACAGUUAAUAGAAUUACUUCAAAAUGGGGAAACGCCAACAUCAGAAGGAUAAGAUGUACUUGACGUACACAGAGUGGUCGACGUUGUACGGUGGAAGGAAAUCGGGAACAAAUCUGGAAACAAGCGAGGAGAAGACAUUCAGGCGGUUACCAUAUGAUCACUGCUGUUUGUCUCUCCAACCCUUCGAACAUCCUUAUUGCGACCCGCAUGGCAACGUGUUUGAGCUAGAGGCUGUUUUGCAAUACAUAAAACAGUACAAGCACAAUCCCAUAACAGGGAAAUCACUGGAUGCCAAGAGUCUAGUUAAACUAAAUUUUUAUAAGAAUUUGCAAGAUGAAUACCAGUGUCCUGUUCUUUUCAAAUUAUUUACAAAACAUUCGCAUAUUGUUGCUAUUAAAACUACAGGAAAUGUUUUCUCCUAUGAGGCUGUUGAACAAUUGAACAUAAAAACUGGGAAUUGGAAAGAUUUGAUAAACGAUCAGCCAUUCACGCGUAAGGACAUUAUCACAAUUCAAGAUCCAAAUAACGCAAUGAAAUUUAAUCUGUCUACAUUCCAUCAUAUUAAAAAUAACAUAAGAGUGGAAGACGAAGAAACCGUGAAAGAGAGGAACAAUCCAAAUGCAAAAUUAAGAAAUGUAUCAGCAGAGACCAAAGAGAUCCUGGUUGAAUUGGAGAGAGAUUACAAGCCGGCAAAAAGUAGCGACAAAGAUGAAUCUGCACAGAAGGCUGACAAAUUUAACGCUGCGCACUAUUCCACUGGUGCGGUUGCUGCAGGAUUCACUUCGACAAUAAUGCCGGCAGAGACUACUCAUCAGGCGGCUGUGAUUGCGGAAGAUUUGGUGCGAUAUGAGAGAAUCAAGAAGAAAGGAUAUGUAAGAUUAUUUACAAAUUUUGGGGCUUUAAAUCUGGAACUUUAUUGUGAUCUGGUUUCGAAAACAUGUGAAAAUUUCACGAAACACUGCCAGAAUGGUUAUUACGAUGGCACAAAGUUCCAUAGGUCGAUACGAAAUUUUAUGAUUCAGGGUGGUGAUCCGACCAAUACAGGUAACGGCGGCAAAUCCAUUUGGGGUAAACCGUUCGAGGACGAGUUCAAAUCGAAUCUGGUUCAUCAAGGCAGGGGUAUUCUGUCUAUGGCAAAUUCGGGGCCAAACACCAAUGGAUCCCAGUUUUUCAUCACAUUUCGAUCGUGCAGACAUCUCGAUCGUAAACACACAGUCUUUGGAAAGAUCGUUGGAGGUCUGGACACGUUAAACGCGAUGGAGAAGGUGGAGGUGGACAAUAAAGACAAGCCGAUAGAGGAUAUAGUCAUACAGAGUGUUCAAGUUUUCGUGGAUCCCUUCCAGGAAGCCGAUGAUCAGCUCGCCGCAGAACGAAUUGCCGAAGCGGAACGAUUAGCUCAAGAAGCGAGUCAAAAUAAAGCAGCUGACAAAAAGGACAAGAAUGACACUCAAAAGGUCUACCGAUCGGGCAUAGGAAAAUAUGUGAAAUUGGAGCAGGAGAAAUUGGACAAAUGGGAUGGCAACGCGGAGCCUGUAACAAAGAAGAAGAAGGUCUCGUCGCAUUCAUAUGGAAAUUUCUCUUUUUUCAAUUUCUAAUGAAUUCAUUAGAAUAAUUAGAGUAUUAAAUGUAUAUAGCACAUGUACAUAGUCUAGUUUGUAAUAUAUAACAUUUCUGGCAAUUUGCUGUAUGUAAAACCUCUGGCGUACUCAAGUUCUUAUUAAAGAGUCAAAAAACGGAAAUGUUAUUGCUGAUGGAAAAUGGUA